AUGAUGGCGGCGUCUGCAAGGACCCGUGGAUAGGAGAAACUAGCUUACCACAGCACAGGCAAACCCCUCACAAGAAUUUAGCUUCGAUGCGCGGCUCGUGUCCGAGUAGAUUCUUAGUCGCAGUAAUCACUGUUCGCUCUCGUCUAGAAUCCGUCUCAGCCAGAGCACUCUGGACUGGUGUAUCAUGCAGUGGACUCCCUCGGUCCCCCUUUACUCUCGAAAGAGAUUCGCGUCUAGGCUCGGAGCGCGACGUACGACUAGGAAAUCAAAGUGUAAAUGCACACGUGAACCAUUAUGUAUGGCACAGUUGUUUUCGAGGACUUAUGACAGCAUAGUAUCAGGAAUGGUUGCCGAUAUCGGUAAGUAUCAGCACAAGGGUCACGUGACAAUGAGCUCGUCGCUGUAACCCGAAACAUCGAGUAGCAGCUUUACCAGAUCGAUGUCUCAAGUCCCCUCCCCUUCAUACCAA